GACAAUAGAACAGCAAAAUUUUAAAAUUCUAUUUUCUUUUUAAAUGCAUCCUUCCUUACAAAAGCAAUCGGGUAUUAGAGACCCGACUUCCAUUUGAAGCUACAACCGCCACUUCCUCUCCUUAGCAGGGUUUUACCACUAUCAUUCCCAAAAACCCUAAUUUUAAUUCUAGUUCUAUUCCAUUUCCUUCUCAUUUUAAUUUCGCAAGACCCUAAUCAUUACCCAGAACCAAAAGAAACCUCUGAUCCUUUCUCAUCUCACAAUUAAACACAUUAUGCAACUCUAGAAGCAUCACGCCUAAGAAAAAGAAAACUUCACUAGUUUCCACAAUGACCAAAGUUUACGGCACCGGCGCAUACGAUUUCAAGCGCCAUAGGGUAGCCGAGUACCCGGUCGAGUCACAAGCCCUAUCCAGUGAUAACAAACCCGGUUCAACUCUUCCAAACUCAAUAACCCUAUCGGAGAUCCAACGCGACCGAUUAACGAAGAUUGCAGCCGCCAAUUGGCUAAAGACAGGUGGCAGCGGCACAGAGUCUGAAGGGUUUGAUCCUGAUGUGGUUAAGCAGAUAUAUGAAACGGAAUUGAAAGUGAAAGAAGGACGAAAGCCAGUGCCUUUACAGAGAGUAAUGAUUUUGGAAGUUAGCCAGUAUUUGGAGAAUUAUCUGUGGCCUAAUUUUGAUCCUGAAACGGCGUCAUUUGAGCAUGUUAUGUCCAUGAUUCUCAUGAUCAAUGAAAAGUUUCGAGAGAAUGUUGCAGCUUGGUUAUGCUUUUAUGAUAGGAAAGAUGUUUUCAGAGGAUUUUUGGAGAGGGUUCUUAAACUCAAGGAGGGGAGAGAGUUGAGUAUAGCGGAGAAGAUAAAUUACCUAGUGUUUAUGAUUAAUGCCUUUCAGAGUUUGGAAGAUGAAAUUGUGAGCGAGACAGUCCUGAAGUUAGGAGGUUUACAGUCAUGGCACAGUUUGUCAUAUGGUCGAUUUCAGAUGGAGCUUUGUCUUAACCCAGAUUUGGUUAAGAAAUGGAAAAGGAUGAUCAAGAAGGAAGCUAAGGAGGCGAUGAAACGAGGAGAGCCUUUUGACCCUUUAACUGCUCUUGAAGUGAAAUUCUUGAGAAAUCUUGUUGAAGAGUUUCUUGAUGUGCUCGAUUUCCAGGUUUUUCCCCACAGAAAUUCGGUUGAUGGAGAUGAUGGAUUACAUGUUGGUUUUGAUGAAGUUGACGAUGCUGCAAUCCUGUACUGUGAGAGGUUCAUGGAAUUUCUUAUUGAUCUGUUGAGCCAACUGCCAACUAGGAGGUACCUAAGGCCUCUUGUGGCUGAUGUAGCUGUUGUUGCAAAAUGCCAUUUAAGUGCUCUUUACAGACAUGAAAAGGGGAAGCUAUUUGCGCAAUUGGUUGAUUUACUGCAGUUUUAUGAAAGAUUUGAGAUUAAUGAUCAUGUGGGAACACAAUUGACUGAUGAUGAGGUCCUCCAGUCUCACUAUGAUCGUUUUCAAGCUUUCCAGCUUCUUGCAUUUAAGACGAUGCCCAAGUUGCGAGAACUUGCAUUGUCUAAUAUUGGUGCAAUUAACAAGCGAGCUGAUCUGUCCAAGAAAUUGUCUGUGCUAUCUCCAGAAGAGUUAAAGGACUUGGUUUGUUGCAAGCUCAAAUUGGUUUCCGCAGAAGAUCCUUGGUCUGAAAGAGUUGAUUUUCUUAUUGAAGUAAUGGUCUCCUUCUUUGAAAAGCAGCAGUCUCAAAAGGAAGCUAUCAAUGCUCUACCACUUUAUCCAAAUGAGCAGAUAAUGUGGGAUGAGAGCCUGGUACCAAGCAUUAAUUAUUCCGGUGAAGGUUGUCUGGCACUUCCGAAACUCAAUCUGCAAUUUUUAACACUCCAUGAUUAUCUUCUGAGAAACUUCAAUCUCUUUCGGCUUGAAUCAAUGUAUGAGAUCCGUGAGGAUAUUCAGGAAGCUGUUCCGCACCUUCUUGCUUAUGUUAAUAAUGAAGGAGAAACUGCGUUUCGUGGUUGGUCAAGAAUGGCUGUGCCGAUAAAACAAUUUAAGGUCACUGAGGUCAAACAGCCAAAUAUUGGUGAAGUCAAACCAUCAUCUGUCACAGCAGAAGUUACUUUUAGCAUUUCCAGUUAUAAAGCACAAAUAAGAUCAGAGUGGAAUGCCCUUAAGGAGCAUGAUGUUUUAUUUCUACUCUCAAUUCGUCCUUCAUUUGAGCCUCUUAGUGCCGAGGAAGCAGGAAAGGCUACUGUACCUCAGAGGCUUGGUCUUCAGUACGUACGGGGAUGUGAAAUUAUUGAGAUUCGUGAUGAGGAGGGAACACUCAUGAAUGAUUUCACUGGAAGAAUUAAACGGGACGAGUGGAAACCACCAAAAGGAGAACUGAGAACAGUGACUGUUGCUCUGGAUACAGCACAGUACCAUAUGGACAUAACUGGUAUAGCAGAGAAAGGUGCAGAAGAUGUUUAUGGGACAUUUAAUGUGCUGAUGAGGAGGAAACCUAAGGAAAAUAACUUCAAAGCGAUUUUGGAAUCUAUAAGAGAUCUCAUGAAUGAAUACUGUAUUGUUCCUGAUUGGUUGCACAACAUAUUUUUGGGCUAUGGGAAUCCUUCUGCAGCACAAUGGAUUAAUAUGCCUGAUCUUCUUGAAACUGUAGAUUUCAAGGAUACAUUCCUUGAUGCUGAUCAUUUGAAGGAGAGUUUUCUAGAUUACCAGGUUCGUUUCGUAAAUCCAGAUGGUACGGAAUGCUUACAUCCAAGGCCUCCCUUUCGAAUUAGCCUUCCUAGGACGCUGAAAGGCAACACUCAUGCACUUCCAGGGAAUAAGAAAGUAGCUACUGAUUCACUGAAUGAUGUCAACAUGGAGGAUGCCAAUAGUGAGAAAGAAAAACUUAUUGUUGAGGCAUAUAUUCCUCCUGACCCAGGUCCAUAUCCCCAAGAUCAGCCAAAACAGAACUCAGUCAAAUUCACACCCACUCAGAUUGGAGCAAUCAUAUCUGGUAUCCAGCCAGGACUAACCAUGGUUGUUGGACCACCUGGUACGGGAAAGACUGAUACGGCUGUGCAAGUCUUGAAUGUUCUCUAUCACAAUUGUACUUCACAGAGAACACUAAUAAUAACCCAUUCAAAUCAGGCUUUAAAUGACCUUUUUGAGAAGAUAAUGCAGAGAGAUGUGCCUGCACGAUAUCUUCUUCGACUGGGUCAAGGUGAACAAGAACUGGCAACUGAUCUCGACUUCAGCAGGCAAGGUCGUGUCAAUGCAAUGCUUGUUCGGCGGUUGGAAUUGCUCGGCGAAGUGGAGAGGCUUGCAAGAUCUCUCCAGCUUCCUGAAGAUGUAGGUUAUACUUGUGAAACUGCUGGGUACUUUUGGUUGCUUCAUGUAUACUCGCGCUGGGAACAAUUUCUUGCUGCUUGUGCGGAUAAUGAAGAUAAACCAACAUUUGUUCAGGACCGUUUCCCUUUUAAGGAGUUCUUUUCGAACUCACCUAAGCCAGUUUUUACUGGUCAGUCAUUUGAGAAAGACAUGCGGGCAGCGAAGGGGUGCUUUCGUCACCUCAAGACUAUGUUUCAAGAACUAGAAGAGUGUAGGGCAUUUGAGUUGCUCAAAUCAACUGCUGAUCGAGCAAAUUAUCUCAUGACCAAGCAAGCAAAGAUAGUAGCAAUGACUUGCACUCAUGCAGCACUGAAAAGGAAGGACUUUCUUCAGUUAGGUUUCAAGUAUGAUAACUUGUUGAUGGAAGAAAGUGCACAAAUUUUGGAGAUUGAAACUUUCAUCCCAAUGUUGCUACAGAGACAGGAAGAUGGCUAUGCGCGGCUAAAACGCUGUAUACUGAUUGGCGAUCAUCACCAGUUACCUCCUGUUGUGAAGAAUAUGGCUUUUCAGAAAUACAGCCACAUGGAUCAGAGCUUGUUUACCAGGUUUGUUCGUCUGGGUAUUCCUUAUAUUGAGCUGAAUGCCCAAGGUAGAGCCAGGCCAAGCAUAGCCAAACUUUAUAAUUGGAGGUACCGAGAUUUGGGAGACCUUUCAUAUGUGAAGGAUGGGGCCAUCUUCCAUAGAGCAAAUUCUGGAUUCUCAUAUGAAUAUCAGUUAGUGGAUGUGCCUGACUACCAUGGCAGAGGUGAGUCUGCCCCUUCUCCUUGGUUCUACCAGAAUGAGGGAGAGGCUGAAUAUGUUGUUAGUGUCUAUAUCUAUAUGCGGUUAUUAGGAUAUCCUGCAAACAAGAUAUCUAUCUUGACAACUUACAACGGCCAGAAGCUUCUGAUCCGCGAUGUUAUUAAUAGACGAUGUGUUCCGUAUGACUUCAUUGGUCCACCUAGUAAGGUUGCAACAGUGGAUAAGUUUCAAGGGCAGCAGAAUGAUUUUAUUUUGCUUUCUCUUGUGCGUACUCGCUUUGUGGGUCACCUACGUGAUGUUAGAAGAUUGGUUGUUGCCAUGUCUCGUGCCCGACUGGGGCUUUAUGUGUUCUGCCGCCGUUCUCUUUUUGAACAAUGCUAUGAAUUGCAACCUACAUUUCAACUUUUGCUUCAGAGGCCUGACCACCUUGCACUGAAUCUGAACGAGGUUUUGCCGUACACAGAACGUCCUGUGGAAGAUAUUGGACACCCUUAUCUUGUUAGCAGUGUUGAGGAAAUGGGCCAAAUUGUGACUGAUAAAAUGAAUCAAAUGUAUCAGGCAAGGUUGAAUUAUCAGUUUGAGCAGAUGGCUUAUUCCUCCAAUGUGGUUGCCCCUGCAAAUGGUGCAGUGGAUGAAAAACCGCUUGAAGGUGAAUCAGAGGAAGCUAAAGAGAGCAAGUCAGAGGAAGCUAAAGAGAUGGAUGGUAUUGAAAUUGAUCAAAAUGGGGAUUUGCCUUGUCAGGGCCAGCGAAAUGGGGAAAAAGAUACAGAAAUCUGUCCAAAUGAUAAGAACAGCAAGCCGUCAGAAAGCACAAAUGAGGAAACACGGAUGCAGGAAUAAUUUAAUCUGUUAGUGCCUGACAGGUGAAUUGGUCAAGUGCAGAACCCUAAUUGUGGAGACUUUUCUAACUUGUAAGCAUUGCUGUGAUCAGGUAGUAAAGGAGAACAUUGGUAGACAAAAGUACAAAGAACUAGCUUUGCCGCAGCAUCUUGUGGUGCAAGGGAGAGAUACUUAAGUUAGGGCACAUGUUUUCAUAUGUAUAGUUCUGAAUUUGUUGGUAGAGAAAAGGAAAAAGGAAAAGAAAAGAUCUAGUAUCAGUAGAGGAAGCGGGUGAUGUUCAGAUGAGCAAAUUGCCUUGCCAUACAGGAAAAUUCUGUAAUCUGGUAAAUUUUGUUUAACAAUUGUAGCUUGAUGAGAUAUUCUGUAUUAAUUCCAACACGUUUCUUUUUCUUGGGA